CACAUGACAGAUUUUUGGUCGCAUGUGUGACGGUCGCACCCUGGAGCCCUGAGAGUAAUUUAAAAAACCUGCAGAAAUCAGCGUAACCUUUCCGCUUCUCCACCCAGUGCAGUACCAGUCCAAAUACAACCUUGCGUUAAUAUUUACUACCUAAGAAAACCUCCAAUUUAUGUCUCACUCAACUCUCUCUCCCUCUCUAACAGUGUUGGAUAGACCUAAUAGUCCAAACAGGUACAAAGAAGAAGUGCCUUUCAGAUCAGAUGUCCUCCUCCUCCACUACCCCUUCUGUCCUCCUAAAUACGGGGGUUCAGAUGCCCCUCCUGGGUUUGGGGACCUACAAGUUGUCGAGUCCUGAAGAUGUCUACCGGGCUGUGGAUGCAGCGCUGGUUGCUGGUUAUCGGGCCUUUGACAGUGCAGCCGUCUACCGGAAUGAAUCUGACUUGGGCCGAGCCCUGAAGGAGCUCCUGCCCAAACAUGGCUUAACCAGAGAGGAUGUAUUCAUUACCAGUAAGCUGGCUCCCGAGGAUCAGGGUGAGAGGGCCAUGGAAGGAGCCCUCCACAGCCUGUCUCAGCUGGACUUGGGUUACAUUGACCUCUACCUGAUCCACUGGCCUGGCACACAGGGCCUGGUAGUGGCUGACCAGCGCAACUCGGGCAACCGAGCUCAGAGUUGGGCCACACUGGAGGAGCUGCAUGCAGGGAAGCUGAAGGCUAUAGGAGUGUCCAACUACACACCAGCACACAUGAGAGAACUGAUGCAGAGCUGCAAAGUCCCUCCUGCAGUGCUACAGGUAGAGUUUCACCCACGGCUGUGCCAGACAGAGCUGAGGAGUGUGUGCGAGGAGUAUGGAGUGUGUUUUCAAGCCUACUCCUCAUUAGGGAAAGGAGCGCUGGUCACUGACCCUGUGGUCGUGGAGGUGGCAAAGAACUGUGAACGCACACCUGCACAGGUCCUGUUGCGCUGGGCUGUGCAGCAGGGCGUCCCAGUGCUCCCCAAGUCGUCAAAUCCAGACAGAAUAAAGGACAAUGCCAGGCUUUUUGACUUCACACUGAGUGACACAGACAUGGACAGACUGUCAGCUUUGGACUGUGGGCACAAGUACUGCAGGGAUCCAUCAGAAGUGGUUUGAUAGACCACUAGUGGAGCAAAUGUUGUCUUCCAUGAUGCCUCUUUAAUGCUACUGUUAUCAUUUCUGGCUGGCAGUAAUGUAGUGGUGGGAAACCACCACCCGAAAAAGUGGGAAAUUGGAGUUUAGACACACACAGCUCAGUUAAUUAUUUUUUUCUGGGUUGCCAACAGAUUUCACAUAACAAAUGCACUGGCAUAAUGUAUUGGGGAUUUAGGUAAAUGUAUGUACUGAGAUAUCUGAGAGUUCAAUUUUUUUGAUAUCACUGGCCAAUAAGUUUCCCUGUUUAUUGUGACCCAUAUGUCAUGAAACACUGAGAAUCUUUUCAGGCAGUAGGUACAGGUGUGUUGCCUACUAGCCAAAGUUUUUUUUCUGUUGUUUACUAAUCCGUCCAUGUGCCAUAAUUUUAAGACUAGUUCCAUAUUCUUUGUUGCAUCGUACUGUUAUUUAAUCAUACUUUUACAAAAUAAUAUUAUUAAGCUUGUGUUCUAGCUUUCCCGUUUGAAUUGUCUAUGAAUUACCACAAAUUUGCCAUUAAAAAAUUAUGACAUU